AUGGAUGAAGCAGAGAAGGAGGAGUUCAGGGUAUGGCAGGAAAACUCAUGUGGACACAGCUCUGCGUUCAGGGAGAAUGCCUGGCCCCGAGCGAAAUCAGAUCGGUAUAUUCGAUGGGGAGGUCGGGCCCUUGAACCAGGCAGCGAUGCUUACAGAGAAGCUCGCACUCGGCGUCUUUGGCAACGUGGCGAUGGCAGGAGCCCCGAUGGCCAAGAUACUAGGAUUGUCUUUAACGCCAUUAAUGCAGUCAAUUUCAACAACAAUCCGCCUUGUGGGGGGCACAGAUUCGCCGACACGACCUCCUUUCGUACAUUCCGCAGCAUCAUGAAAGGCGCCGAGUGGCCCCUGGAACGGCCACGGGGCCUCCGACUUUUCACACGUGGUAAAAACGCGUUCUACGUCCUGCCUCAACACUCGCCAUGGGGGGGCAACCACUACUUUUACGAACGGGCGGAACACAAGCGACAUCCAUCCUUUCCGGCACCGGUAUUACCGUAUGGCGCUGAACCACCCGACAAUCUUCCGCCGUCAUCACAUCGGUUGAUGAACGCGCCGCCAAUGCCGGAGGAGUAUUGGGGCCGCUAUAACCGCGCCAACCUACGACCCACUCCGUUUGUGGUCCUUCUUCAUCCCGUCGACAAGAGCUUUUGGGUGGUAUUCAACCACCUUCCUCUUUCCCAGAAGAUUUUGACCCCGGGGGAACAACGCAAGCUUAGGAGGUGGUGCGACGAGUGUGCCGACGAGGAAGAGUGGGAUGAUUGCCCAUACUUCGACUACGACUACAACAAGGAAGCAUUCUGGAAGCCGAUUCACCCCGAGGUCUCGUACGUGGCACCGAUCGAGCGGCUCGAAGACGUGGCAUUUUGGGAAGAACUUGGCAUGCCUCCAUUCUCGAUUCUUCGCAUCCCACCCUUACGCGAAGGUGGGCGAAGGAACAGGGCCGAGGACAUGGCCGAGGACAUCGGCAAAGCCCGAGCCCAGGGCUUGGUCGGGGAAGAGGAGGAGCAAAGCAGCCAUGAUGGCGGCGGGCCAUUCUUGGAGGUCGGGCUUGGGGGCGUGACGAUGCGCGUCGAGGCCACGAACGUCCGUCCCAACCCGUUCAAGGCGAAACACCAAGAAUUCAAGGAUUACUGGAACAAAUGGGUGUCUGAACCUGCUCCUGGUGACCGCCCGAGAGCUCAACAGAUCAAGACGGACAGGAGGAGGAACCGGAACAACCAGUGGCGGAGGGGCCGAGGGUGCGAAAAUGUCGGAUUUGCAGAAAGAUCUGAGCAAGAGGCGCAAGGAUACACCGCUGUCUUUUUCUCCUUUUUUUGUCGUGGCACUGGACCUGUGGAGUACCAUGUGUGUGCGUGUGUGUUUGCGCCGAUCCCUUUUCCUGUCGUGCCUGGCUCUAAUAUCAAGCAAAGCAUCGAGCUACAGGACGAUUGUCUAGCGGUCACAGCUCCCGUCACAAUGAUACGGUCAUCAUAA